AUGGAUGCAUCUAAGGAUGAUGUUGCUAAUGCUAAUGCUAAUAACAAUACACAACAAGGCGCUGUUCAUGGAAAAACUGAUCCUGCAUGGGAGCAUGUUGCAUUCAGGAAAGAAGGAAAAACUAAUUGCUACACUUGUCUUCAUUGUGGAACUGAGUACAGAGGAGGUGGCAUAAAUAGAAUGAAGCAGCAUCUUGCUCGUUUACCAGGCAACAUUAGCUAUUGCAGGAAGGUUCCUGAAGAUGUUAGUCACCGAAUGAAUGUGGCAUUGGAAAGUAUUCAAGCUAAGAAAAAUAAUGUUGAAGUCAAUGAAGCAUACAAUGGACCAACUCAAAGUGAUGUGAUUGAAACAAAUGAGUCUUCCCCAUUGAAUAGUUCACUUCCUCCUACUCAACAGAAAGGUAAAAGGAAAGCUACUGCAGAUAUUGGUGACUUUUUUGCUCCUAGGACAACUCCUGGCUCUCAACCAACCCUUAAAAGUGUUUGGACUAGCAAAGAAGCAGUACAUAAAGCUCAUAUGGCAAUUGCAAGAUGGUUAUAUGAUGCUUGUAUUCCAUUUAAUGCAACCCAAUCACCUUAUUUUCAAGCUGCUGCGGAUGCUAUUGUUGCUAUAGGUCCUGGUUUUAAAGUUCCAUCUUAUCAUGAAGUAAGGGUUAAUUUGUUGGAAGAUUGUAAGAAAGAGUGCCAGUUGCUUGUUGACACUUAUCGGGCAAGUUGGGCUAAAAGAGGAUGUACAAUCAUGGCUGAUGGAUGGAGUGACCAAAGACAAAGAACUCUGAUAAACUUUCUAGUUUAUUGUCCUGAUGGUAUGACAUUUGUAAAAUCUGUUGAUGCGUCUAAUGUUGUUAAAGAUGCUGGGACAUUGUGCAAUUUAUUUUCUGAAGUUAUUGACUGGGUUGGGCCUGCCAAUGUUGUCCAUGUAGUAACUGACAAUGCCCCGCUAAUUAUGUUGCUGCUGGAUAUUGGUAGCAUGCCUCAUAUUGCAGACCUUGCUUCAAAGGCUUCGAAGGUAACCAUCUUUGUGUACAAUCACGUGGUUUUCUUAUCUUGGCUUAGGAAAAGAGAUGGGUGGAAAGAAAUUGUUCGUCCUGGAGUGACUCGUUUUGCCACUGUUUUUUUGACAUUGAAGAGUAUUCAUGACCACAAGAGUCACUUGCAAGCUUUAGUGUUGCAUAGCCACUUCACUAGUCACAGGUUAUCCAAGUCAGCAGCAGGAAAGGCUGUAAGUGCUAUCAUUCUAGACAAUAGAUUUUGGGAUCAAUGCUUUCUUAUAACAAAUCUUGUAGCUCCACUUAUUCGAUUACUGAGAAUUGUUGAUGGAGAUGAAAAGCCUUCUAUGGGUUACGUAUAUGAGGGCAUGCAAAGGGCAACGAAUGCAAUCAAGACAAUGCUUCAAAAGAAGAAAGAUUUGUAUAAGCCUUACACAGAAAUUAUUAAAGCGCGAUGGGAUAGACACUUAAAGCGCGACCUUCAUGCAGCCGCUUAUUUUUUGAAUCCUGCAUUCUCUUAUGAUGAAAAGUACCAAGAGAAGAAUAGGGUAGUGCAGGCACUUCUUAAAAUAUUUAAUAUCAACUCAUUUAAUAUUGACUUGACAAAGGCCAUUCAAGAGAUGCAACUGUAUCGUGAGCGGAAAGGAAGUUUUGAAUCCAAUGGUGCUAACAAAGUGGCAAAAACAAUACAAGCUGAUCAAUGGUGGGUAUGCUACGGGGGUGAUGCUCCAAUUUUGCAAAAGCUUGCAAUCCGUCUUCUUGGUCAAACAUCAUCUUCCUCUGGUUGUGAGAGAAAUUGGAGCGUAUUUGAACGUAUCCACACAAAGAGAAGAAAUAGACUUGAACAUAAAAGACUAAAUGAUCUUGUUUAUGUUACUUACAACUUGCGUUUGAAGAACAGGUUGGUUCACAACAAGAAAGCUUAUGAUCCUAUUGAUUAUGAAUCCAUUGACAAUCUUGAUUUUUGGGUUGCUGAGGAAGAAGAAACAACCCCUGAAUUUGAUGCUGAUGACAUUGAUGAUUUUCUUUUUACACAUAACUCAACUCCAGUAGUUGGUCAAACAUCAAGAACUAAUGGAGGUGAAAAUGUUGGAAGCUAUGGUGGUGCAGCUAGUGGAGCAUAUGAAGAUCCCAACAUAUCGGCAUAUGAUGGAGUUGAUCUUAGUGAUUGUUAUGACUUAUGA